GAAGUAAUAGCUAGUAAUAAUCAUAGUCAAGAGAGAUACGUCAACGCAACAUAGUUUUUAAUCAAAGUUUUGUUUGAAUAAAAAUAAAAGAAAUUCGGCAGUAACCUGGUAUAAUCUAGUUAAAUACAUUGAUUUUUUUAAUCUACGAACAUAAUAUUCCUAGAGAUAAGAACAAAUAGUUACUAUUAAAAUAGUGAAUAUUCAGAACAUUUGUAAUACAUAGAAAUUGUCAUUAGCCAGGAAAUUAUAAACAAUUAACAAAAGGAACAGAAAAUUUAUUCCUUAUUUCUUCUACUAUUAAAGGAAUAUAAAAUAAUUAUCAAAAUAAUCGUUUAAAAAUGUUUUCAAGCAGUCCUAAUUAUACAAAAUUAAAGACACACCUUAGGUUAGCUAUUAACAGGUUAAAGCUAUUAGAAAAGAAGAAAACGGAAUUAGCUCAAAAAGCGCAGAAAGAAAUAGCUGAUUACAUUGCUGCUGGUAAAUAUGAAAGAGCCAAAAUUCGAGUGGAACAUAUUAUAAGAGAAGAUUAUAUGGUAGAAGCUAUGGAAUUGAUUGAAAUGUAUUGCGAUCUCUUACUUGCUCGUUUUGGUUUAAUUCAACAAAUGAAGAAUUUAGACGAAGGCCUAGCAGAAGCUAUUUCUACAAUAAUUUGGGCUGCACCACGUAUACAAACAGAUGUACAAGAGAUCAAAGUUAUCGCUGAUAUAUUAACUGCUAAAUAUGGAAGACAAUAUGCGGAAGCUUGCAAAGAAGAAGCUAUACAAACAAUAUCUGAAAAAUUAAAACAUAAAAUGAGCGUACAAUCUCCGCCUAAACUUUUAGUUGAAAAAUAUCUCAUUGAAAUUGCUAAGAAUUAUGAUAUAGAAUAUGAACCAGAUCCUCAAAUAAUGGCAGAAGGAGUGGACACUUUAUUAAUAGAUAUUGGAAACAACGGUGGUGAAUCUAGAAACAAUUUAGAUCUCGCUAGCGGUGGUAGCAAUGGACCACAACCAGCUGGAUUUAUUGGCUUUCCACAACCACCUUUGUUACCUGAUUCUAACAUAAAUAAUCCGGAGAAAGGAAAUCUACCAAUAGGAUUUGUACCUCCAAUGGGGCCUGCUACUUUCCCAGAAAAGGAUCAGAACACACCUUUUAAUCCUGCUGCAUUUUCAUAUAACAUCCCAUUGGAUAAUGCUAAUAGUAAUAAGCCUGAAGAUGAUUUACCACCUCCAUAUGCUUCAUCAUUUCCACCUGACUUAAAUAAACAAUCCGAUGAGAAACCAAAACCUCAGCCACGAUCAAAAAUUCCAAUGAAUAAUUUUCAACUUCCCGAUUUACCUGCUGUACCGUCAGGAAGUGAAUUACCUCAAAAUACAUCUGAAAAUGAUGACAUAGAUUUUGAUGAUCUAAUGAAACGCUUUGAAGAUUUAAAGAAAAGGAAGUAACAUU